CGCCGGCGUUAUAAUGGGCUGGUCUGAAAGUGGUGGAGAGACACAGAACCACAGGGGAAGAGAGAGAUAAUGACAAUAACACCAAUAACCCUAAUAACCCGGCUGCUGCCCGCGCCGCAGCGAGGAGCCAGCCCGGCGCCCCGCCGCUGACGGGGGCCGGAGCAGGAGAGAGAGGAGUAACCCCGACGUCCCCCAAGAGCUUCUCCCCGCGCUCGGGGAGCGCCGGACGGUAACGUCGGACCACCGGGCUCGGGGGGGACGCGGAGAGGAGCCGGCCCCGGCAGCCGCCCGCCCGCCCCGGCCCCGCAGGGACCUCCUCCGCGGCAACCCGCUCCCCGCCGGCCCCAUGGAGCAGCGAGAGUAAAGAGCGAGAAGGACAAAAAGGGGGGCGGAAAGAGAGCGAGCGCCCCGGUGGGGGAGAAGGCGGUGGAAGCCGGAGGAAGCGCCCCGUCCGCCGCCUCGGUGCCCGCCGGCGGGGAAGGGGCCAGCCCCGCGCCAGCGACCCCCGGGCCGGCCGGGUGAGGCGGGCGCGGAGCCCCGCUGCCCUGCCCUGCCCGCCCUGCCGGCACCGCGGAGCUGUCCAGGCCGGCGCGGCGGCAGAAACCCCCCGGGAGGCCCGGCCGCCCCCCGCCGCCCUUGAGGCCGGGCCGAGGGGCGGGGGUCGCGCCCGCCCAGCGGAGCCGCGGGGUGCGGGGGGGCCCGCCGCCGCCGCCGCCGCCAUGAAGCUGGAGGUGUUCUCGCAGCACUACGAGGACAAGCUGAGCGCCGGCAGCGACCAGGAAGGCAGCGGCUCCCUCUCCCCGGCGCCGGCCGAGAGCGAGCUGGGCUCGGACGGCGACUGCGCCGCCAACAGCCCGGGCGGCGGGGCCGUGAGGCCGGGGCACCCCGCGCCGCCCCCGCCGCCGCCCCCCGCCCCGCAGCCGCCGCCGCCGCCGCCGCCGCCGGCCGAGAGCGCCAAGGGGAAGCCCUACACGCGGCGGCCGAAGCCGCCCUACUCCUACAUCGCCCUGAUCGCCAUGGCCAUCCGCGACUCGGCCGGCGGGCGCCUGACCCUGGCCGAGAUCAACGACUACCUGAUGAGCCGCUUCCCCUUCUUCCGCGGCGCCUACACCGGCUGGCGCAACUCGGUGCGCCACAACCUCUCCCUCAACGACUGCUUCGUGAAGGUGCUGCGCGACCCGGCGCGGCCCUGGGGCAAGGACAACUACUGGAUGCUCAACCCCAGCAGCGAGUACACCUUCGCCGACGGCGUCUUCCGCCGCCGCCGCAAGCGCCUUAGCCGCGCCGCCCCGCCGCCGCAGCCCGCCCGCCCCGCCGCCGCCCCCCCACCGCCGCCGCCGCAGGAGGCGACCGGAGCGGCCGCCGCGUCCCCCGGCGGCUCCCCGCGGUGCUGCUGCGCCUCCUCGCCCUGCAGCUGCGCGCCGGGCCCCGCCGCCAAGGAGGCAGCGGCGGCGGGCAGCGGGACGGCGGCGGCGGGCGGCGGCGGCGCCAAGUUCUCCAGCUCCUUCGCCAUCGAGAGCCUCCUCCGGCGGCCGGCGGGGCCCCGCACCGCCCCGCCGCCGCCGCCGCCGCCGCCGCCUCACGCCCGCCUCCUCUGGCCGGCGGCUCCCGCGGCCCCGCACCUGCUGCCCGGGCCCUACCCGCUGCUCCCCUACCCACCUGCCGCGCAGCCCCCGCCCGCCGCCGCCGCCGCCGCCGCCGCCCUCUACGGCGGCGGGCUCCUGCAGCUCUGCGCCUACGGGCUGGGCGAGGCGCCGCCGCCGCCGCCGCCGCCGCUGCUGCUGGGGGGCGGGCGGCAGGCGCUGGCCCAGGGCGAGUCGCCGCCGGCGGAGCGGCCGCGGGCGCCGCUCUUCCCCGCCGUCCUCCCCAAGGGAGGCAGGGGGCCGCCGCCCGGCUCCCCGCUCUACGGGCCCCUCCGGCUGGCCGGGCCGCUGCAGCCGGCGGCGGGGGGCUCGGCCUCCUUCCAGCCGUACGCCGUGGAGACCCCCCUGGCUUAAUGGAGCCCCCCCUCCUCCCCUGCGAGGGGCCUGCCCGGGGAGGCGGGGAGGGGGAAAGGAGGAGGCUCUGGAUCCCGCACUUUAACUCCAGAGGCGACCAAAGCCUCCAAGCAAAAGCAUCGGUGACUGUGCCUUAGCGAAAUGACAGUGGGUUUACCUUAAACCAAAAAAAAAAAAAAAAAAAAAAAUCAAACCCCCAAAACAACUGUCGUUUUGGACA